AUGUCUCAAGUUACAAUCGAAGAUGUUCCAGGUACUGAAUAUCUUAUCGACGUUGGACACUCAGUGUAUCAUUCUCACUCAGGAGGGAUUUCAUCGAACAUUGUUAAAAUUCCUCGGCCCACGAUCUGUGGUGGAGAUCCCCUGCUUUGGCUGCGAUGGAAGAAAUACUACCAAUUGUUCCUUGUUGCACUGUAUGCUUGUGCAUUCAGUUUCGGAGAAAACACCCUUGGAGCUGCUUGGGAGACCAUAUCCAAGGAUACGAAUGUUAGCCUCACCAACAUGAGUGGCAGUUCAGCUCUCAACUACUUACUACUGGGCUUCUGUAACAUGUUUUGGAUACCUGCAGCUAAAAGACUUGGUAACAGAUUUGUGUUUCUAGCUACGACCCUAAUUUGCAUGUGUGCCGGUAUUUGGCUAGGCAAAUUCCAAGGUACUGGAGAGUGGAUGGGUGCCAUGAUCUUGAAUGGCUUGGGUACAUCAGCAUAUCAGGCUGUAAUUCAAUUAACCAUAUUUAACAUGUUUUUUGCUCAUGAACGUGGCAGAAUGCUUGCAGUUUAUCUGUUCGGGCAACAACUUGGGUCCAUUCUUGGUCUCAUCUUUGAAGGUUCCAUCGCCGAUGGCCCUGGAUGGAGAUGGAGUCAGUACAUUGUGGGUAUCAUCGAUGGCGUUGUAUUUUUGCGCCUAUUUUUUUCCUUCGAAGAGAUGACAUUUCCGCGCUUUCUAUUCUUCUCCACAGGCACGGAUCGAGAUCGAACUAUUGUGCAAACGGCUUCUGGCACGGGUAAGGAAAAUUUGAAGAUGUCAAAUACGAGGCUAUCGAACAGUUCUAUUUCGGCAGAAUUGCCGUCUUCGUUGUUUCCAAGAAGAACUUACCUACAAACCCUCACGCUAUGGGUAUACCAGUCAGAUGAUACGACAACAUACUGGGACUACUUCAAACGUCCCUUCUUCCUGUGA